CAGCAACGAGGCGUGAAAUGUGUCCCCCGUCCACAAAGAAUCGAUGUCACUGAGGAACAGACACAAAAAUAGUACAGCUCACUUACUUCGAACCAGUGACGUUGUACUUACUGGGGUCUUCAAAAUUUCUUUACUAAGCGAAAAUUGAGAAGAGAGGUAAGGCUGUUUUGUGACUAAUGUUCCCUGUAGAACGUUUGUGAGUUAUGAUUGCACCACGAAUCUUUCAGCUGUUUUUAAUACGAAAACCCAAUAUGCUAGCCGUCCUAGGUUCAAAACUGGCUUAGACCGAUUUUUUUUGUGAGUGUCUCCACUUAGCGAUUCAUGCGUUCGAUAACAUUUGUUUUCUUAAAGGUAAUUUCUUGAGACCUUUUAUUGAAAGGAAACAUAAGUUCGUAACUAGGGUCUCCAAAAGAAAUACGUUUCAGUUAUUAAUGCGGAAAAUCUAGCGUGACUCGGAGAGAUUGAUAUUUAGCUUUCAUUUUUGUCUAGGUUUAUUUGUCGUCGUCGCCUAGGGUGGUUGUCUUGUGUCGUUUUAUUUUAGUAGCACAGACAGUUGCAAUUUGAAGCAGUCAGAAUUUUCCUAUUUUCAACAAACAACUGGAUAUUUAUUUUUAGUUAAUAGGUCAAGACCACUAUUAACCGAUCAAGGCAAAAUCCGAUUACUGGCGUAUUACCUGAUGAAAGGGCACUGAUAAUUUUCUUUUAAUAAGGCACGAACAUAUUCCUUCCCUUGAAAGCAGAAAGAAGAUGGAUUUAAACUGUUAGAUUCGUUUUCUUCAGGAUUUUUUAAGCCGAAAUAAAUGACCCACAAAGGUCAAUAACAUGUCAUUACGUGAAUUAUUCCCGAGAUUUGAAUAUUAAUCGCCCAAAACAGGCCCAAUACCGAACGAUAUUGGCUUUGGUGACAAAGUCACGUCAAUAAGUCUGAUAUCGCUUAUCUAAUUUCUUUCAAGUGUUUUGUCGUUUCCUUUCACAAUGUGGCAAGAUUUUUGAAUUCCUCUGCAACAAACUUCUGUCUGAUAGAUAACUUAAAAAGAAAGAACUUUCUUUUUGAAUCCGGACUUUGAAUGGCCGCGUUCAAGAUUACGAGAUUGAUAGUUCGAUUCAUCAUUUGCAGGAGCCGAUUGAAAUACCACCAACAAAAACAUUGACACCAAUAAAACACCUCUUUUUUAAAAAAUGGCGACACUCGGACUCAGGAGUUAACAGAACGUCUUUGUACAACAUGAUAAACAGCACCACAGGAAAGACUCGCCAAAUGAUUGGUCACACCUUUAAGGAUUUAUUAAAGGCGUUAGUUAAACCUCACACGACAAGCAGACUAACAGGAAACCACUGAAUACCUUUAAUUAGCACAGGCUCAGAGUCCAAUUUGGAACUAAAUUACAUGCUUCACUAGUGGUAUGAGGUCUAGAAAAAAAUUUUUCAUGUUUGUCAUUUGUAAUUCAUGUUAGUCUCCUUCCUCGUAAGCCAUCCUCACCGUUUUGGUCUCUUGUUACCUCUUUUAAAAAGGUUUUUCCCUCUACCAUACAUUGUACUAAGGUUUUCCGGCAUAAAUUUUUAUACGUUGUAGAACAGUAACUCAAAGUAUCUCAUUACCGUAAAUCCGAAUCAAUUUGGUUGGGCUGUAAAUAAGGCUGCUGUUUUCGUUUUAUAUAUAUAUAUUUUAAUAUUUCAACCCUCCCUGGAUGUUUUCAAGCUUAUAUUGCACGAAAAGGUCUUGUUUUGGAGUUCAGACAGUUUGUACAGUAGAGAAGCCCUUAGGCUUCUCUCCUAUUCGUGUCGUUACCACGGGUACCAGACGAGUUUUCUAGUGUGCGGUGAGAUGCUUCGGCACAUCUUCGACCGAAGGCCGAAGCGACCAAAAGAAAAAAAAAACACUGAAAUUUCGCCUGGGUUCACUAUAUAAAGACCUUGUGGCCGGGUCUAGUGUGAUUUAUACGCGGGGAUCGUUUUCGCUGGGGACCUGAACGCGGUUAUCAUCAUGGUCAUCAUCAUUAGUAUUAACAGCAGCAACAUCCUACAUGAUUAUUACAUUAUCUUAUCACUCAGCAUAUGGUUAAGUGGGUAAUAGGCUUUGUUCACACUUUACCGGCCGACACGAAAACCUAUCCGCUAUAUGAGUAUGAACACCUAUCCGAUAUAUGUUACUCUCCACUUUAGGGAUCGCAGCGCGGUGCAUCUUCGCUCCGUUAGAAAUCUUGCCGAAUUUACCGUUCUUGUGUGCGAAUAGAACCCCUAUUCGGUAUGGUUUUGGUGUCGGCACAAAAGCUAUCCUGUGUAGAGUUCAUAUAGCCUUAGUAGACCAGCAAGGAGCUCUUCAUCUUUAUUCAAUCAACACCUUUUGUUCACAUUUUCUUUACUAUUAAAAUUACAGGAGGAAAACGCGACCGACGAAAGGCAAAUUAAUCAAAACGAACAUCAGGGAAUCCAAGACGAACAACAGGAUAAACAAGGCGAAGGACAAGACAAGGAGAAAGAGCAGCAGGACAACCAAGACGGCGAACAGGUUGACCAAGACGAACAGCAGUACAAUCAAGAAGACAGUAAUAUGGCGGAUCCUGUGCGCUUGACUGCCCCGGAUGUACACAAAGACUUCACAGUGAGGAGGUAAAGAUAUGGUUUUCAUUUUUUAUUAAGAAGAUAAAAUAUGAAUGAAAUAACUGUCUUCCUAUACACCUCUCGCCUAUCCGCGAAAUGAUAAGGAACUUCCUGUUUUCUAACUGCCUGAGAUGAAGCGUGAUGGCAGAAAAAUGGGCUUGUAAGCUUACUCCACGGGGAGUAAGGUAUUGAAGUUUGGGUGUGACGGAGGCGUUUCAGCUCUGACCCUGCCUGAAAACUCCUGCCGUUUUUGUGCCGUUUUAGCUCCUACCCUUACCUUGUUCAAUUCGCACGAGGGGAAUACUAAACUUUUGUAGUCAGACACUCAAGCGAAGUUUUAUGUCCCAGUUCACCUACCUCGUUCCCAGGCGUCUCAAGUGUCUAGUAGAAAACGUGCCUGCGAGCAAUCAAGGAGUAUCGCGCAGUGGACCGUGGGAACGUCAAGCGUAGGCGCAAAGGACAUUGGGAAGGGUGGGCGAGAAAAAUGAGACGUCGCGUUUUUUCUCAGCCUGCGUUGCUGGUGCGAUUAGCAGGCGAGUGAUGUAGUUUUUUGGCGGCGGAGGCGCGUGAAGAUUGGCGCCUUUCCCAUCAUCCCUUGCACAGAACCAUUAGAAUCGCUCCAGUCACUCUCGAUUACGAAACCACUAGAACGCGCCUAGGUAUAAGGCAGUUAGUUCACGGUAUGUAUCUCUGUAGUCAAAAUAAGGAAGAACAAUGAAACUUCCCUCCCCCCCCCCCCCCCCAACUUAACGGACACCUGGUUAAGUUAGUGCCUGCCUUUUUUGUUUCUUUCAUUUGACUCUGUAUGAGACGGUCAUUUCUUUAAGACGGACACGAAGUGUCUAUCCGAAAGAUGUCCGUCUUGGAGGAAGUUGCCUGUGUGUUGUCAGUCCCACAGAUAUGCCCAUGGCCGAGUUGUUCGAGGCUGACUUAAGAUAACCCGAUGUUAGUGCAAAUUCAAAUUUAGUUGUGAUAGCGUAAAAAACAAAUUCUUUUUGCCUACAAUUUGAUGAUUGGAUGCUAUAAAAAAAAAUAAAGAAAAUUAUCCGAGAAAAUGGGCGUGAACAAAAAAAAAAGAAUCCCUGAUUUAAAUUAACCGGGUUACAUCCACUGGUAAACUGGGCCGAAGACUGGGCCAUGCGUGGCAUGGUGGUUUUAUCGGGAGUACGGUUUUGUAGGGAGCACGACUGUGCGGCGAAGCGCUCCAAUCUCCCCGCGGUUUCUCUGCCCUCGCCUCCCUUUAUUACUUAGCGCGCCCAACCAAAACCACCGUGCUACGCAGGCUACCCCUGAUCCUGGCCCUAAUUCUCACCUAAACGCAAGCAAUUCUGUUUACGUGAAGUCAUAUGGAAAUUCCAAAUAAUUGCAACUAAUAUGAGGUACUUAAGUUCCUAGUUUUCUUACAUUUCUGGAGAUAACCGUUAAGGGAGGGUCGGCUGUACUGUUUGGAUCCCCUCCCCUAAGUUAAUAACAUUAACACUUACUCCUCACUUAGGGCAAAAUAAUGGCUAAGGGAAGGGGUAGGUGGUCAGUUUCCCAGAAAUCUAAAUUGAUCUAACUUUUUUUUUUGUAUUUUCUCUAAUAAGUUAUUUGUUAUAUAAAUUAUUAAUUCUAUUUCCAUGGCUUGUACUCUUAUCAGCCAUAGAAGUGAUGUCAAAAUGUUCAAACCUCAAGUGGUUUCAGUGCAAAGUUUUAAACAUUUUGAUGUCAUUUCUAUGAUCGAUGAGAUUACAGACCAUGGAAAUUAAAAUUGUUGUCGAUUUGUCUUGUACAAUAGAGAGCUUUAGAUUCGGGGACGAGAACGACUACAAAGGGCGACAUUUAUUUUUAAGUUUUCUCGCCUAUUCUCUAAAAUAGACAGCCCGGAAAGCUUCAUUGUAAUUUUUUUAACCACAAACGUUAGUUCGCUUAUUUCCGCUGAGGGAGUUAAAGCACUCCCGCGAUCUCUAAAUGAUAAAAUUCCUAACAGUUGAUAACUUGUUUUCGCUACUACGACAUUCUCGCUAAAACUCGUAGUAGAAUGAACAUGGCUAUCACAUUUUCCCGCCAAAAUGACGUUGUUUCGCGCGCGGGUACUAUUUAGUAGUAUUACUAUUUAGUCCUCCUCGUCUUAGAAUCUAAGCUCUCAUUUCCGUUAGAGUUUCUCGGAAAAUCGCGCGAGAGGGAAAGAGAAAAGCAUAUUACGCCAUCAUCACGUCAUUUCGACCAUUUCCAUGGUCUGUGCUCUUACCAAACAUAGCUCUCGACCAAUCAGCGCGCGAAAAAAUUGCUUAGUUCUUGUAAAAGGUGUAUUAGUGCUUUUCAUGCUUGCAUUUAAUUGAAAACAGUACGAUAUGCACCGUGACAAUUCAACUUUAGCUGUCGUAUUUAUUUAAAAAGAAAUACGGAAAAAAUUCUAGAAAAUUGUAUUAUCCAAAGAGAUUCUCUCCUGGAGAUAAACAAAUAGCGUUAAAUUUCAUUUCACUACAUCGUCACAAAGGUAGUUAUAGGUUCGAGUCUGUUAUGUUUAGCACAAACAGUCAUUCAAAGGCCACAGUGUAAGAAUGCCUGGAAAUAGAAGGAUUAAGUCCCUGUGGCGUCUAGCGUCGUGUCUCCUUGUCGUGAUUCUAGGUUGACAUCUCCACCGCCUUACUGCACAAGUCUGAAAAUAAAGCCGCGAGGUUGUUGCUAUCUUCGUGUUAAGACUGUUUUGUUUGCUAUAAAGUCUUCAUUUCCUUUCGACAAAAAUGUGCGAAAAAAAAAAGAAGAACGCAAAAGCUAUUUAAAAUAAAUCUGGAUUGUAAUGUCCAUGAAGUAAAAGCCCAGCAAGAAGGAGAAAUAGAAAACGAGAAAGGAAAGGAAGAGAAAGAAUAAUUCUCAAAAUUCUCAAAAGUGUUCAUUUCCGCAACCAAAACCUGUUUGCACUAGAAAGGAGUUAGAAAAAAAGAACCUGUGGUAAGUUUGCUCGGUGGAAAUUUUCCAAAUAACCCCAGAGCUCGAAGAAUAUUGAAUUCCAGCUUGUCCUGGGCAAGCAGCUCUCAUAUUUUGCUUGCCCAGGGUCAAUUUUUGCUCGUCUGUUAAGGGAUAAGUUGUUUGACCCUUGCCCAUUUGGUAAGUAAGCUUUGCAGCAAGGAGCCAAAAAAUGAUACCGCUUUUGAUUUUUUCACAUUCUUUCGUACAGAUUUAAUCCAAUCAGAAGUUUCCAGCUGGAAACUGUCCUCGACUUUUGAUUGGUUAAUGUCUGCAUGAAAAAUGUGAGCAAGAAAAUUCACUUGUCCCGGACAACCGGACGGAACUUUUUUUCGAGCCUUGCCUAAAUCUGCUCUUCGUCUUCCUUCAUUCUUUUUCUUACUUGUACAUGUACUUACACAACUUCUGCUAAAACUUUCUAGAAGAGGAGAAAAAAAUGCUCUCACUGUCACGUUACGCGUGUGCCUGCGCUCUUAUAAAUAUAAGUUAACGACGUUCACCAAUCACAGGGCUCACAGUAUUCAGUACAUUAUUGUAUGAUAAUAACUAUAUAUAGAUGCAAGGUCGCCUGAAAAGGUUAGAUCUUGUAAUUCGAUGUUUGGGUCUCGUAUAAAAAAUAUAUAUUUACCCAUUACUUUCGGCAAUCUGUAACACAAGAUAUAACUUCAUCCCCCACUUUCCGCACAAGGUUUUGUUUGGGGGUAUAUCGUUCACUGCUAAAGGAUGUAAAUAUUUCUAAAAGAUAUUUGUUGCUAGCUUCUUGAGAGGUCAGAUUGCUUAUUGCAUCGCGCAUCCUUCCCGCGCAUAAUUUCACACGUGAUUAGCGCGUGAACAUUUAAAAAUGGCGGCUUUUGUCUUAAGGCCGGAACUUGCCAGAGAGGCAGUUCGUCAUUUUCUCUUCAACGAGUAUGUUGACCUUUCAUUUUUUCCCCUCUUUUUUAAACUGAGCGUAAUUAUUAUUCUUUAGAAUAAAAAUAAACCAGUUUCAGUGCAGAAAAAAGCAAUCGUUGGAAACGUGUUCAAAGGAUGCACUCUUAAAUAUAAUCAUAUUGAAGGAAGGAAGUGCGGCGUAUAUACAAGUUGCUGCUGCUCCUAAACAAGUAAGGGUACCCCUACGUUUUUAUUUCAAAAUUUAACGUGAACAAGCAAUCGGUAAAGUUUGAAACAAUCUCACUUCAGUUUCUAUUUUAGAGGAAUGACCUUAAUGUCGUAUCUUUGAAUGGCGUUUACUUAGCAAAGCAGCUAUAGUGAUUAAAACACCAGAUCCUAAUACUGAAAUUGUUGGCUUCUCUGCUGCUUCAUGAAAUAACUAGCGAUAAAGCUUCCUUGAUAUGUGUCACAUAGACGCCAGCCUUCUGUCCUUAUUUAUUCAGUACGUAGAAAGUGAAGUGUAUCGUGGAAUUCUGCCAUGGGUUACGACAUAACCCCGAGUGAAAAUGAAAAUAUUGUAAUGACUAUAGCUGUUAUCGGAACCCGCGAUCAAGUGGGCCUUCUCCUUUUCUUUGCGAAGCCCGUCCUCCUAAAGAACGCAUAGCAUGGUCACAAGUUAUUGAAAUUGCUGAAGAUGAUGAUUUCGCGAAAGGUCUCAGUUUGAGGUUCAAAGGUCCUUUGGAGAGUACGCGCCGGACUAAGCUGACAUUUCUUGCAGGAUGGUAAAAGCCAUUGUGACUUUUUUCUGUAAUAAUAGUGGUCUUGGAAGGGCGCUUUGUAAAAACAACGACGUUAAUAAAUCAUCUAAAAAACUUGGACUUGUUUUUCCCCCGAGGUCAACAUUAUUUAAAAGUGCAUGAGUUUGGCAGUUUCCGUUAAAAAGCGAAAUAGAUCCUCUUCUCCGUUUUUAGCGAAACUGUUAGACGGAGUUUAGCCAGUGUUAAACAAAACCGGUUUCUAAGCCUUUUUCAGUUUACUACCGGCUUAUAUCUAAACACCACUUAUUGUGAACAGUUUCAUGGACGAAUAAGCGCGGACUGGAGAAACAUUUUUCUUCUUUAAGUAAACCAAUUAAAAAGAGAUCUGGGGGGUACAAUGAUUUAUUAAACCGUGGUCUAAGUUAGACUUCGUCUAAACAACUUACCCUUAGUGUUUUUUUCUUUUCUUUUCGUUUUUAAUUUGUUGUUGUCGUCGUUGUUGUUUAGAGAAUAUAGCGCUUUCUUUUGCUCCCCAGUCUACGCAUGCGUGAAUUUUGUCAUUUCCCUGCUUAGAAAUGUAAAUUAUACACCGGGAAAAAUAUAAAUAAACAAAUAUAGUCAGGUAUGUUAAAUAACUCACAGAUGGAUCGAAAGGUUUUUAAUCGCUCGAUCGCUAACCAGCGGAGGUUGACUUGUCAAAUGUUCUGAUAACGUGUUCGAAACGUUGAUACGACUGGGAAAUUCUGACAGCCGACUGUAUUUGUUAUUUUCGUGGAGAAACUUUCACUCAAACAGCCCUGCAGCUGGUAUUGUGUGUUCACUUUUCUAUGCCAUUUAAUUGACACGUCACAUCAAAGCUAAGGAAUCAUUGAGUAAGCGGCGAAUUACAUCGAUUUACAAGCUGUCAAACCUUUGCUUGGCAAAACGCGUACGGAUGGAUAGAAAUUGAUUAGUUAUAUUUGGUAUUUUUUUUCAUUCAGCUUUUCGCCGAUUUUAAGACAUUCAAUCAUGUUGGGAAGGUUAAAGUAAGUUGCAAUUUGUUCUCAGCCUUAUUGAUACGAUUUUUUACUUCCUUAUCAAGCGAUCGCGCCAGCUCGUUUUUCGCUUUUUCUUCUCUGAGUAUGAAUUUUGGCUCUCAAAAGCCCGCCUGCAGUGACCACCUAUUUAAAUUCUAAAUCGCAACCGAAGUGUAUAAGAAGGUUGCUUUGGAUUUUCCGGCAGUUAGGUCAGCGCUUAGCCUUGCGACUUGGACUUCCAGGUUGGAAGAAACAUUUUCGGUAAAGAUACAACAGCUUCGCUAAAACUGUGCUUCGCGGUGAUGGCAAGAGACUGAUUACAAACGUCAAAAAAAAAAUUUAUGUGAAUAUUUUACGGUCUUUUCAAAGACUUAUAAUCAAUCCACAGCGAUAUUAUUUAUUUCAGGCGUGAACUGAAGCAAAUCAUAAUUUUCUGCACGAUGAUGUGUUUAUUUUCUUGGUUGGCCGCGGGAGGUUCGUGCGGAAAUAAAUCCAUUGCUUUUUUUUUUUGUCAACUCAUAUUCAAAUUUCCCCCUUAGCAAGGUAAAUACGUGAUGAAACAAGGUACCUUUCGAUAAAAUACGGUCUUUUAUCAAGUGGUAUGUUGUCGACAUAUGUUGCCUCUAAAUAGUAACCAGAAAUUUUCAUGUUACACUAAAAUGUUUUUUUUUUCCAAGGCUAUAUUAUAUUACUUUCUAAAGAUAAUCUCUAUUAAGCACUUUUUGAGGUGCAACAAGGUAUUUCAAAAUCUUCCCUCGAAACUAAAAUUAUGGCACAGAUUGCCAGAUUUUCUAUCAGUCUUAAGACCAUUUUAUUAAACAAUUGCGAUUUCACUUUUUAAAAGCAUGUUUUACAGCCUUGCAAAUUAUAUUUUAUUCUGACCUAUUAUCGGUGGCCGAUUACAUUUGCUUAAUAAAAGUUUAAAAUGCUGUUCCGUUUGUGGCGGAGAAAUUUGAAUAAUCACACCAUUGAAAGCCACCGAACAUUGAUGCCCCAGCCCUCCCCGCGUUAGUCACAUUCUAUUCUCGGGUCACUUGAUAUUUAGGUCGGAGCAGAAACGAUUUUGCUGUUGUUGUAGCAGAAACCGAGGCGGAAACAGAGAGCCAUGUCCACGGACAAUAAACGUCCAGCACUCGCAAAGACAGAGAAGUAUGGGAUACAAUAUCGAACUAGCUGAAUUUGCUGAUUUUCAUGGCAGGAAUUUAGCGGCUUUUGAUCGAUUGUUGCAUGUUGCGAAUAUGAGUAAUAGGUGAUGUCGUUGUUAAUCCUUCUUGUCACAGUUGCCUGUUGUUUCGAUCCCUGUGACGACAAUUUAACCAUUAGGCUUACUACUGUAUUUAAUAACGACGCUGUAAUUCGUUUAUGCUUUACCCACUAUAUUGAGCUUGUCUAUCGAGUUGAUCGAACUCUCGAUCGCCGGUUUUGAUCGUUCGAAUCAGUGAAGUUUGAUCAGUACAUAUUUUGGAUUUGUCCUCGACGGUUCCUGUACCGCAUGAAUCGCAAUCGUUUGGCGUGCAAGACUUAAUUUAUCGAGUAUGUUUUUUAUCGCGAAAAGGUACGGCUUAGUAUUUAUUUAUCUCCUGCCGUCGCGGCAAUUUGUUCGCUUUAGCGACUCGCUCUAAAUGCAAGCGCAGAUAAGGCGAAAAUUCGCAGACAAUGCUGUCGAUAUUUUAGCGUAGUACAGUUGAUUCUUUCUAGUUGACCUCAAGUUCACGGCGGUGGAGAUAAAGUUACAUAUUUUACCCUCCUCCAGGAAAAGUGGUAAAUUAUUUCUCACUGUGUUUUGUUUUUAAAACAGUAAAUGACGAAAAUGUGUGAACUUGUAUCGCACUAUGGCAUUUAUCCUGCAGUAGUUUCUUUGUAGAGUAAUAGUUACAGGUCAUUUUUCUCCGAUGUCGAGUGCUUUAUCUCGAGGCAAAUUGAUGUUGGCUGUUCUGCUCUGGUAUUAAAAACAGGCUAAAACUAGCCGGCUACCUUAUUGCGCUGUAAGUUGUUUAUCGCGUGCAUUAGCAAAACACAUCGAAAAUCAACUGCGGUGGGAUUUUGCCAAUGGAACAAUAUCUGGGAUUUAAAAGCUGUUUGUAUUCAUUUUACUUCUGUUUGCCCACUAACAGGCGUAGCUUCGACGAUGCCCAGAGUCGCUUAAAAUGCAGAAAACUGCUUGGGAUCGGAGGAAAGGAGCCUUCAAAGGUGAGUUUUGGACCAAACAACGAAAAACACGUCAAUAACAUUGCUGUUUUCGAUUGCGCUUUCGACUUCACCGCCAAAUUAAAUUCCGAAAUCGCUUGCUUUUUUUUGCUUUUUCUCAUUACAAUAUUCAUAUUUGUUCGGUUGUAAAUCUUUGACAGAGGUUUUGCUUUGAUAAUUACUUUUCGAAUAUUAGCACCAGUGAGCUAAGAGGAUGUUUUUUAUCUCCAUUCAGUUAGAAAUUCAAACCAGAUUACGCGCUAAAAAUCGAGUAAUCGAAUUUUGCAUUUUUUAGUAUUAUUUUUUUCUUCUCCUCAACUGUACAUUUCGGUCGAUUCUUUUAAGAGAGAAAUUUUGGUUCCGACAGGUUUUAUUAUUUUUAGUGGAAGUAUCAACUCAGAGGAAAUUUACUGUAUGUUUUCCUUUCUGUAUAGUAAUAAAAAUUUUACCUCUUCACUGGCAAGGAUUUUUAACAGCAGCUGCGUCGUUUAAAAAUUCUUACAGAACUCUUAAAGCUUCAAGACUCGGGUGAUCGAAGUAUUUGUUGUUCGUUAAAUUGGAAUAUUGCUCUUACAUCGGUGCCAUACGAAUAAAUUUCGCCAGGAGGUCGCCGAGAUCGUUUUAUGAUUACUCUUUCAAAACUGAAAAUUGGACAUGACACCGUGUUCCGAUCUGUUCUCAUUUUCCGUAAACAACGAGCCGUGUGUCGUUUGCCUUUGAAUGGGUUGUUGAGUACAUUUCCAAGGGGCUUUUUGCACGCAAUCACACUGUUAUACUACCUUGCAACUUUGUUAGGUAAAUAGUACCGCACACUCGUCGAAGUUUCCAAUAGCUCAUUAACAUAAUGUCAAGGUCUCAGAGAGUAUUUGAACACAUUUUUAUAUGAAUAAUAAGUUUCAAUCAACAUGGAGUCCAUUCCAAAAUUGUCUUUCGAAUAAUCAAAGAUAAGAAUUAAAUACAAAAGAGACCUUUCUGCUCUUGGCUAAAAAUACUAACGAACACUCUUUCUUCACACCCUGUUUUUUUUCUUCCUGAAGUAUGCAGUCCGCUUCGAAAACAUAAUUUCGAUCGCUUAUACACCCUUUUUCCUUUUUUUUUUUCCUUAAACGUAAAGUAGACAACCGUAUGUUUAUAACAUUUGAUGUAGCUCUCUAUUGCUUGGCCGUACACUGUUGUUGUAUUUGUCGUUUCAAAGCAAGGAUGUUGAAAAUGGAAAUUGGUGAAUGUAACAAAAAGGCAAAAAACGACCGGAAAUCAAGUUUGCCUUUUAUCUGUCUCAAGUUAAGUAAAGUUAUUUUAGUUCAAGAAACAAUAAAUUGUAAAACCGGCCUACGAACAUUUUUCUUAGUGAAAUGACGUCUAGUUUUUUUAAAAAUGAUUGGCAGCUUGUGUUCUUAUUUAUAAUGCAGGGAUAUAGAAGAGGGCCGUUAUUCUAAUUUUAUUAUCAGUGGCGGGAUCCAGGGGCGCCCCCUUCUCUUAUUUUUGGACCAAACUGAGACGCGAAGGGCCGAAAAAAUUUUUUCGCAGACCGCCCCCUUCCCGCUUAUCUAAGGGUGUGCAUGACCGUCCCCCCACCCCCCUUAUCUCAAGGUUUGGAUCCGGUACUGAUUAAAUCCACGAAUAUUUUAGAAGCCACCAUUUGUAUUUUGAAUUUUUAAGUCCUUCCAACGGCUCUUAUGUGGUUGUAAAAAAUCUCUGUGCUUUUUCAAAGAAACCCCUGCACUUAAAGCUUCUUGUAAGGUCUCAUUGUGAUCAUAAGGAUUUCGAUGUGUACACUCAUAGCACACAUUUGUUUUAUCCUUGGUUAAGGGGCUUAAUUGUUAAUGUUGGAUAAGACGUAGAAGUCUCACAACAGGACAGAAUAAAUUUUGUCUGAAACACUUUUAUGAGACCAGACUUCUAAAUCUUUUCCUCUUUUCAGACGCCCAAACGACAAAUUUCCCUUGCUGAACAAAAAACAAACACACCCUCAGGCGGCGAAAAUGUCAUACCAUGUUUACUCGAGUAAGCGCCCCAUUUGCAGUGGGUAUUAGAGAGCGGUGUUUAUUUGAGGUCGGCGUUUAGUUUAAAACUGGAGGCGACAAAGAAUUUUUUCUUUUGAUUCAACAGUAAAUAGUUCUUUUUGUAUGAAAUUUUAAUGCAACUAACAGAAGUGUCUUUUGAUUGUCACAACUUGUUUCUUAAGGCUGGUUUUCACUAGCGUUAAAAACAGCGUUCUGAUUCCACUUUAGUUACUACUCCCUUGUUUACUAUCAAGUGAAAACUAGGUCGUCGGAGUCGCAAGCAGAAGCGGAAGAACUAGACCAAUCACAAAGCGUGGGAACGUGCAUUGUGAUUGGUUUAUCCUUCCGCUUAUGUCCGACUCCAACAAUCUGGUUUUCGCUAGAUCGUAAGCGACGGAGUCAUAAGCGAAGUCGGAAGAAAUUGGAAACGUUCUGAUUCUUCCGACUACGAUUUCGUCGCGCUUAUGACUUUGCUCACGACUCCGAUUCCGACUCCGACUCCGACUCCGACUCCGACUCCGACUCCGACCCGACUCUGUCUCUAGUGAAAGCCAGCCUUUAGAGCACUUUUCAAUUGCAUUACUGGUGGUAUCUUCACUGCAUUGUGGGAGGGUGGGUCUCUUCUACAGUUGAUUGUGCACAUCUCAAAUGGUUUUAAUCUGGUUUCCUCAAAAUAUCCAAUUGUAAACGAAGCAUUGCCCUUCCUGUGAAUUCCUCGAGUAACCGCGGCAUUUCUAAAUUUUUUUUUCCCAAAGGUGGCGUUUAUUCGAGAUCGGCGCUUAAUCGAGUAAAUACGGUCCCCUUUGAAUCAACACAUAGCAUUGCUCUCUGAGCAGUCGAGUGUCUCUUCGAGUCUCUCAGCUGUUUGUGAUUCACCCCGAAGGACUUAGUAGAAAAUUAGCUAAUUUGCAAACCGCAUUGACGUAUCCGCAAGACAAAAAAUUUUCUGAGGGCAAAACACAACGAGUGUUUUAGAAAUGAAUUUUGGAAUUUUUAGGAUGAAAGUAUAUUGAAGUUCUAAAAGUUUGAUUCGGUAACAGAAGGUGUCAUUCGAGUUAAUUUUUUUUAAACGAAACUCAGGGCACCACCCUUCUUGGAAAUGUAUGCGACGGCUGUUUCCUAAGGGAAAAAUUAUGAAGAUCUUUAUGGGAGGCAAAGGUUCUCACUUUAAAUUGAAACUAUCGAACGUUUUUGAAUUAAAUUAUUUAUGCUUUUGACUAGACAAGGUCGGAAAUUAUCUUUUUACGCGGCUGUCAAAUAGUGACUGAACAACAUAAUUGGUAGUCGCCAAAUGGCAAAUGUAGGCGCCAAACAAGUAUGUGGAGUUUUCGCUUCACACUGCAACAUAAAAGAGAACAAGCUGUCGAUAAUGAAGUUUCUUUGCUCAAAACAAUCAGGCAGCAUAACCGAAAGCAAAUAACUUCGUUCCGAGUCGGCUGGAAGAUCUCCGCCGUGGCAGAUAACAUUAAAAUGUUUUUUUCAUUCGUGCCUUAAUUCGUUGAGUGUCGGUUGUUCAUUGUGAGGUUUUCGUGUUUAUCCAAAGCAACUUCGCGAAUUUUUCGAGGUUUGCUCUGAGUUCCACAGUUUUACCCUCUGUAUAACAUUUCAAGAACGUAUACCCAGAGAAGAAUCGAAUAAACCCAAUAAUUUGGCUACAUCAACAAUGGGAAAGAUAUCAGCCAGCCGGUCAUAAAGCUUCAGACUGUCAGAACGAGGCUCCAAAAUUUUGCUAUCAUUUUAUUAUGUACGGAAGAUUGAACCUCCUCUUAUACUUUCAUUGGUGAGCUUAGAACGAGGCAGUCCUCGUGACACCAAAGGGCUGCUAAUUGCCGAUUGCUGCUUUGUUGCGAAGAGCUGCUUCCUUGAAAGAAUUAGGUGUAUUAAAUCAAAAUGACAAAUAGUCCCCUUGCAAAUGGUUAGGAUACAUGUCCUUCUGCACUCUAUUUGCGCGUGUUUGUUUAAACAGACAAAAUCUCUUGAACUUGUCACUGUCGCGUUUAUACUAUAUACUUUCUUGAGAUACGUUUGUAAACACAGUUGCGGUUGUAUCUCAAGAAUGCACUAAACCGGUUGCACUCUUUCUCAGAGGGAUCUUUCUAACAUGGGCAUUGUCGCUAAUGCCGUAAUAGGCCAGACUAUUGAGAAAAUUCUCGAAACAUUACUGCGAUCUUUGACAAAACUAGUGGGAAAAUUUAGCUUUCUACGCCUAUAUCAACCGGAUUGACAGACUGUGAGAGUCAUCUUUUCACGUAGUUUGCACUUUUUAACGGUUAGCCUGGAAACCCGUAGCCCCUUUCAGAAUCAACAAAAGGGGUAGAUGAAAGGUAACUUCAGUUUUAUUGGUUGGUUAAAGAUGUAAAUAUAUUCAGUCUGCUAUGUUCUCAAGUAGUUUGGCACCAAGAUUGAGAUUUCAAAGACGUCUUCAUUUAAUGAGUAAAAUAUUGGUCUAAUAAUGUUGCUCAGGAUAAAGAAAAAUUUUCAAACCACCUACCCAAAAGUUACAAUUUGAGCAACGGUCGUUUUAUUUUACAAACAGCUCGAAUUUCACAAGUCCGCCAAAAUUUACCUGCCUCGCUGACGCUCUAAACCUUCUGUUUAGAGCGGAGUAUACAAAUGGUCCAGGCAAUGCUUGGACCGGCAACAACGCAGGCUAGCAUAAAUUGGAAAGGAGUUUUCCUGUUGUUGUUGUUUUUUGGUUCUAUUUUCUUGCUACAAGAUUUAGGGACUGAAAUACUAUAUCAGGGUUUUAAGAAGACUUAUCCAUACUCGAUAUAGUUUAGUCCCUUUGCUUAGCCUACGUGUAGUCGCACCCUCCCCCCGACGAAGAAGAAAAAACGUUUUUCCUUUGUCAGGGGGAGGGUGUGGCUACAUUCAGGCCACCCUUUGCUACGAAUUAGACAUUGUUAUGAAAAAGCAGUUAUUCACUUGACAUUUUUGCCUCCAAAUAUCAGGCUUUGCAAAAGGUGACAAUGAAUCGGGACAACAGGAUUACCCUAGUCCUAAUUUUUGAACUGGUCAAAUGCAUUAUAGUCUGCUACACAGCCCUUUUUAGAGUCGUCACGCAACGCUCCUCCCUACUUUGUGAGGAGGAGCGUUGCGUGACGAAACUAAAAACGGCUGUGUAGCAGACUAAAUGCAUUAGUUUUCAUGUCUGAACUCAUCUGUAAAUAGGAACUCAAGCAACAACGACGGCGACGGCUACGAAAACGUGACUUAAAAAGUGAAUCCGCGCUGCUUCAAACUUAAUCGAGCUCUUUCCAUCUCAUUCAGUUCACGGAAUGAUGUCGAAUUUGUUUAGAAUUGAAUUCUAAAGGACUGUAGCGAAGUUCAGGAAAAGAAGAAGAAUGUCGUUGUCUUGUGUUCCCGUCCUCCACAAAACGUGAAUUUAGUCACUUUCACGUCGUAGUCGUGCAACGACGGCAAAGACAUGUAUCAAAAAGCGUGAUGCACGUGCAAAGUUGUUGUUUGCUAAUCUAAACCUACUGUUUUUUUGCCGUUCUCGUUGCCGGCGCCGUCGUCAUUGCUUAAGCUCCCCAGUAGCCUCAGCUUCCAGCUAUGCGGUACUCCCGGGUGCAUCGAGACACCCAAGACUACGGCUGGAGACUGAGCUUAACCUGCAAUGGCGGAUCCAGGGGAGGGGCCUGGGGGGGGCCCGGGCCCCCUCUUAUUUUUAGACCAAACUGAGGCCCGAAGGUUCGACCCCCCCCCCCCCCACUUAUCUCAAGGUCUGAAUCCGGCACUGACCUGUCAAGCGAUCGCCUCAAAUUCUCGGAUCGCAUAUGUAAUUGGCCAUUAAGUGGUUACUGUAUGGCAGCCAUUAUAACUCCUUUUGUCGAUCUAAAUGAUUUUUUUAGGUACUUCAAGUCUUGGGAAGCCAUGAAUCUUACUUCAUCUGCAUACCUAGAGGUUAUGAGUAAGUUAGUGAACAUGUUUUUGUUUCAUUGUCAUUGUUACCUUUGUUAGUUUGUUUGACUGUUUUAGUUUAACAUGUUGUCGUUUUCCUUAGUACAUGGCAGAUGGUGGUACCAGGAUUUCUGUCUGCAGUGUCUAUUGUGGUAAGUUUGCGCAACACUUUUAUAACACUUUCACCUCCAAGUUCAGUUCAACAGAUUUAAUUCAAAAAUUCAGUUCAUUUUAAAUCAAAAGCCAUGGGUCUAAAGUUCUUGACCCAGUUGUUUAAAAGGUGGAUAGAGCUAUGUGUUUUGUGGAUAAUUCAGUUGGUUUCCUUAACCCUUUAUAAUUCCAGUUGGUUUCCAAACUGAUUCCAUAACCCCUUUAACAAUUAGUUGAGAGAAUUUGAUCCAUUUUUCUAUGGUGAUCAAAUUAUUAAUUCUCAAAACUUUAUCUCCAUACAUCUCCUUUAACAAUUAGUUGAAAAUUAUAAACCAAGAGAAUUUGUUAAAAAUUAUCAAAAAGCAGUCAUUUUUUGCCUGAGUAAACUCUAAGCUGAUGGUGAUCAUUUUAUAAAUUCUCAUAACUUUAUCUCAGUGACAGUGUAUGGAUAUUGUUUCCAACGAGAUGUCAAAAUUGUUGUUGAACAGUCAAAAUAAAGUUGGACAGUGUAUGGAUAUUGGGUUAAUACUAUUGGCACUUAAGGGGUUAAUACUUAUCCUUUGGAUCACAGUGUAUUAUCCCGCGGUGGAUAGUGCUAUCCCGCGUUUAAUCAAAGGAAACCUGCAGAUGUAUUCUGAGUCAUACUAAAGGUGUUCUUUUCCCGCCUCUGAAACGUCGACUGUGCUUUGUAAUGAGGACCUCGUUCGGCCGAAGGAGCGUCAUGUCAUAUUCAUUGAUUUAAGGAUUGAAACUAUGGAUAUGAACAGUUUCCUAAAGUAAAACGUUCUAAAUGCAGGCUGUAAGGGUGACUCACUUUCUUGCCAGCCCAAGUUAUAAUGUUAGACGUUGCCCAAAGCCUAUCGCGAUAUAUGCGUUGAUUCUGUAAUCCAACUUUAUAACGUUAACCCAGACCUUUGACGGCGUAAACAUGCAGGUUUCCCGAUAAUUGCAACUAUCCGGACGCAAACUGAAAACAGUCUUAUCAUACUAAAUAAUGCAAUGAGCCAAUAAGAACGAAAAAUAAAAUUAUCCAGUCGCAGUGCGAAGAGCGGGAAAAAUGCGCGUCCCUGCUACACCUUUAGGGGCCAAUGUUUGAGGACAAAAAGGCGGAGGGGAUAGAAUAUCCCGGGUUGUUCAAACGGUGCAUGGCGCUGUCCAUCGGAUAAGUCACUAUGCAGCGGAUACGUAUUAGGGAAACCGAUUAUGUUAUCCACUCGGUAGAAAUUUAUCCAGUGGAUAGCACUAUCCAACUUUUGAACAACUGGCUGAGGUUUUUUUUUUCGCGUGCGGUCGGAUGCUUUGGCAUUGGUCGCGAGGCGAUAGAUUUUGCCGCCACGAAGCGAAGAACCCGCGUGAAAAACCCUUCCUUUUUGCAAUACGCGGGUCACUGUAAAGAAUUUCCAAAAACUGUAUUUAAAAAUCGCUCAUAAAAGGUCUCUGGCACCCUGGGUAUGGAAGGAAUAGCUGCUGUAGGAAAGCGAGACUAAUCCAUUGUAAUUCCGUAGAUUUCUUCAACCGACACGUGCAUAGUUUUUAACACCUCCUCCUUUUGCUCCUUUACAGCUAUUGAUAUUUCCAAGCUUCUGUCUACGUGCUUUGGGUGACAGUACGGAAUCUUCUUCUUUCGCUGGAUGUCUAUGCUGUCGACUCCUUGCGAGUGCAUUAUUAGGUGAGUUUAGCAGAUUAUGAGGGCAGGAAAGGCUGUGGUUACUUCGGUCCUGGUGUCUUCUCCCCCGUUUCAAAUUGUGUUGCCCAGAGUAAUUUCCAAGGCACUUCAAGAAUCCCGAACACUUUCCUACGAUCAAACAUGGGCUUUGGAUUUCAAGUACGUUUGAGUCAAGAGAUAAAACUACUUUAGGAGCAAAAGUCCGUCAGUAAGCUCAGGUGGAAUAUCACGGGUCUGCUAAGAGGGAGGCCAGAGUUCAAACCCGGCCGGACCCCCAACUAAGAUGUUUAAAAAAUUGAUAAGAUCAUGCGGGCUGUGUUCACGAUCAUGUCUCAGUUCAGAUGAUCGCGUGAUUGGGCGGUGACGAUAAACCGUUGAACUUGCCUUCUUUGUCCUUCCUUCUUUAGUGAACUCUUAGGGGACAUUAAAGAACCCACACUACUGUUCUAAAACAGUAGGUGUAGUUUCUGCGGUGAUGUGGUCGACCUCUACUUCAUUUACGUUCAUACAUAUCACAAAUGAGGUGAUAGCGGCAGCCACUGGCGCCAUUUUUUGCUGACCUGUUCCAGGCUCCAAGAUAGUAUUGUGCAGUGAAGAGGGAAGCGAAAAACGCGUGGGGGCUGGGGAGAGAGAAGGCGGGUUCUUCCAUUUUUCCCGCCUCCGCUCUCCUUUCUUAGAUCACGCCCGUCCUAUUUUCCCUUGACCUUGUUUUCGAGACGUCCCUACUCCUCUCCUGGCCCCGGUUGUUCAAACAUUGGAUAGCGCUAUCCACCGGACAAAUCACUAUCCAACGGAUAAGUUUUAGGGAAACCAAUUGCGUUAUCCACUAGAUACAUUUUUAUCUGUUGGUUGCGCGAUCCCGCGUUUGAACAACCGGGGCCUGAACGAAAAGUCCUUAGGUGCGUAACCUGAGAUCAGGCCCAAUUUUAGCGGUUCUCAUACAUUCUCUCUUACGGCUACCGCUAAAAUCUAUUUUCGUUUCGCCUUGCCCGCCGGAAUGUUAUUUUCAAAGCGAAACGAAAAUAGAGCCUGAUCUCAGUUUAUUCAUGGCGCGCAGAUAGUGAACGGUCCUUUAGACUGCGUACAGUUGGUGUACUUUUAGGACUGGUAGUUUUCUCCAGAUCUCAGAGUAUUAAGGAAACUGAGCACCAGCUUAUGGCAGUUAACUUUCCAGAAUCCUUUGGGUUGCUGUUGGAAACCUGCGUCCUAUCAUAACUAACGGCGGGUGGCUAAUCUUAGUGCAAAAGUCUGAUACCCAUCCUCAGCCUCUGAGGUGGCAAAUUGAUUUAGAGUUUUUUAAUCCCACCCUUUAACAACUCGAUUACACAUUAUGUGGAAAAUUACAAGGAAGAAUUGAGCUUGGAGGUUUGGUCGGACAGUGAAGAUGUUUGAAAUGGUCAAUACUGAUUCUGACACCCUAUCACUGCUGCUCUACCACCAGCCUUUUUUGACUGAGAGGAAUAUCAGCCUCUGCUUCUGGGCGUUUAUGCGUAGUAUGUAAUUCUGAUCUGUUGAUCUUUUUCUCUAUCCUUCUUUAGGAAUCGUUUUUGUUUCAUGGGGAACAAAACCAACCACGAUAUCAUCUAUCAAGUAAGUUACAGUUUAUUGUUUGUUUUGAUCGAAUUCUCGGCCUAGCUCAACAGGACUGGUGAUUUAUUCUCAAUUUUUUUAAACUUCAAGCAUUUUUUAUUGGCUAUGUUUAAAAGAAACCAGUCUCAAAUAGAUCGUUCACGGAGGUUAGUUCUCUGAAAGGAGGGACUGUUAUCUCGCGGGAGCGGCCCUGGUAAUGGUCCAUUACAGGACUGGCAGGAAAUAUAGUGUGUUGGCAAGUCCAGACGUUGAGUUCUUAUGUUUAAUGAUAAUUCAGUACUCCUUAGGCUCGAUAACCUUCUGGUCGCUGUUCGGAAAAAUGAGUGCCCGCCGAUCCCCUUCUUACGGAGUGGAGAGAUCGGAGGGAAUCCUCUCCGCUCCACUUUUUCCGCGGCGUUUCGCGGGAAAAGUCCGUAGCGGCGAGGAGCGAGAAAAUACGGCUGUAUUCACGGGCUAUCAAAACCAGUUCAUUGCUUUAUUCACACUAUGCAAAACAUUUAUAGACAAUUUGUAUUUAAAAAAAAAAACAAAACAAAGAAAAACACAGCAAAAUCAUAAAAAGGGUUCAUAUGUGUGCGGUGUUCAAAGUAGCAAAGGCUCUCUACUUGGACUUACGCUGGACACCCCUGUGGUCAGGCAUAGUUAAUUGAGUGGAAUGGUUAUGAAACCCGUCAGACUCCUUUGUUAUAUGUUUUUGUGGACCUGAAAGUGCACAACGUUCAAAAGAAUUCCUAUCAUUUUGAUUGUAUUGACCAAUAAAAACGUUGCAUUAAUUUAUUCCGUAACAAUUUGCCAACAGAAAACAAAGGAUUGUGCACUUUCACGGUGCUUUGAACAUAAACUGCAGCACUGUUGUUUUUAUCAUCGAUGUUUGCCGCUUUUCAUAACCAGUCUCCUCUAAUAACUAUGGGUCAGGUAAAUGGCAGCAUAAAUGUCAUGUUAGUUUCCAGUCUCUUUAAGUGACCAUUUCUCUCUCUGCUUCGUAAAAGUUCACCAAAUCUCUGGUGGGAGUGAAUAGUAAACUUUGCUUGUAGAUUAAAGGGUAAGACAAGAAACCAAUGUGACAUUCAAGCCCUCCCUAUUAACACCGCCCCUUUAGCUGGUAUUUUAUUUGGUUACUUGUUUUGUAAAACACAACUGACUUGUUUUAACUUUUGUUUAAUCCCUGCAGGCGCGUUUUAUUGCUUCAUUCAACUUAUUGCGGAGCAGCAACACUUUGUAAGUAUUGCGGAAGGGGAUGGAUCAUUUCUUUUCCAAUAUGGUUGUAACAAUCCUUUGAACUGAAUUUAAACGGUUUAACCUUGUAUCUUUGGUGACCAAUUAUUCCAAAAGUGGCAUCUUCACAAAAUCUUUUCACUAAUUUAAAAGGGCCAUGUUACAAGGAUAUCGCUGUUGUAGGUCAAUUCUGUUCUAAAGUUAUCACUGAUACCCACACACAAAAUGCUACUUAGGUUAAAGUUUGCUGGGAUUUGCAAACAAAUCCCUCAGAGCCCCUACCCCAUUAUAGUCUAUUCUGUGGCCAAUUAUAGACCCCAUCUUAGCCACUUUUGGGCAAAUAUGUAAUUUUGGCGAUCCCAAAUUAGUCACUUUCUAUUUUUAUCAAUUGAUCCAUUUUUUAGAUUGAAUAAAGAACACUUUACUUUUAAUCUACAGUUGAAACAUUCUGGUACGUUUGCUAUCCGUGAAUAUAAAGAACUGUCUUGCCCCAAAAAAGCCGAAAAUGUGCGACCCCAUUAUAGUCAAUCCGGUCGUGAAAAUGCAACCCCAUCCAGCGGGAUGGAAGUCCAUUGAUGCAAAGACACAUUUAAGUUGAAAAAAGAUAGCAAAUAGCGUAACAUAGCUCCUUUAAAGAAAACUUUCAUCACUUUUUUCCAUCCUAAAUAAUCGUUUUCUCUUCUCUCUUCUCCUUGCAGUUUUGGGCCUGGCCUGCUUCUCUGUACGCAGCCAAUCACUCAUCGUUUUGACAAGUCUUCACGGUGUUCUUACCCUGGUGAGCCUGUUCUAUUUCGUGGCCGUCCGUCAAUUAAACAAACCUACUCCCGAGAAACCUAAUACAAAGCUUUGCAACUCGGACGAGAAUCACGUAAACUAAUAGUUGGGCGUGGCCUUCAGGACAGUAAUUGAUACCGUUACUCAAAGGAACGGAGUAGCAAGAGCUGGAAGACGGGCCCCCAGAUUCCAUAACGGUCUUAAAAUUUUCAAACGGAAGCGAUCAUAAAUGAAGAAGUGACUGUCGCUCUCAAUUUGAUGAGGUAACUGAGAGUAUUUAGUGAGAGAGAAAUUGUGACAGGUUGCUACUUUUAAAGCCGAAUUUGGCUUUGUUUUGUAGCGUCACGCUGUGCGGGUGUGAAUAAUUAAGACAUUGUCAGAUUUUAUUGAUAGAAGUAAAAAGAUUUAAAGUGAAUUUAAACGGUCUGAUAAAAAAAUUAGCCUAGUUUUAUUUUCAUCGUCGAAAAAUUAAAAAAAAAUUACACAGCUUGGUAACCACUCCAGCUAGUGAUACUUGUUCUUUAUCGUGUAAAAGAGUUAUCCGGUAUUUUCAUUUAAGGUGGCUGAACACUGUUUUGGCAGUUUGUGAGUAUAUGUCCUUUGCGAAAUUAUGGCAAGAGAAAGGUUGCAGCUCACAAGCUGAAACUUGGCAAGUGAAAAAUAUACUGAUGAAAGAUUUUGAUCGACAGGUAAAAUUUGACGUUUUUGUAGUUUCCAUGGCAACAUGAGCGAUUGAAUACAACCUUAAAAUUUCACUUUUGCUCAGUUUCCGUAAACUUCGCUCAUUAAAUUUUCUAUAAACGUACACACAGCUUACUAUAAUUAAUCAUUACCAUUUGAAACUUAUUUGACCAAAUUUUAACAAACGGGGUUUUUAAUAGAUAAUCAAUAAUAUAAUUGUACUGCAAUUAUUAAUUGUGUUACAAAAUUCGUCUGUUCAACUUCCAUUUUAAAGUUCUCAUUAUUUGAAAUACGACAAAAGUAAAAAUUCUGCCAAAUAUCACAAAUUUUAAUGAGUAGAUUUUGAGAAAUCGUCUUCUGUGUACCAUUGCUUUUUUUCUAAUGUAAAAUACGCGCUACCGCUGACCGCCCGCAAAACUGUGUUCAGCCACCUUAAGUUGGUUUUUCUUAAGUCAUGUGCCACGACCAAACAUUCCGAAUCUACAGCCGUCAGUUUCAAGAAGAAAUGGCUCAGUUUUUCGUAGUAUCACUUUGAGAAGAAUCUAAGUUUUACACAGUUAGAAUGGUUUGAGACUGCCCCGGGGUAGAAAAAUUAGGCCAUUCUGUUUUCAAUUUUAUUUUUUCAAUUAUGAACAGUAGCCUAUUGCCUAAUUUUGAACCGAGGUGGGGUGGGUACGAGUCCGUGUAUUAUGGGGAAAACAACAUGAGACCCACAUUGUUAGAAAGAGCACAUUGAGGUUAGCCGGGAAAAUUCUCAAGUUUGGUGUCAAUCAAGCCAAUAUUAAACAAGAUAGGUAUUUAAAAACUGGAAAAUUUAGUAAGAGAUGUAUGGACUUCCGAUAAUGGUCCCCGAUUAUGGCUCUUGAUUUCUAUGUAAAUAUUAGAGUUUUUGAAUAGCUGUAUCUCGUUCAAUAUAGGUCCGAUAAAUACCACUGAAACUUGAUGAGAAUUUUGAUAAUCUUGGUUUCCUCUUUCUGAUUGUGUGGGUGUUUAUGCCAUAAUAAACGGACUCGUACCCAGCUCCCCCCGGUUUGAAAUUAGGCAAUGGGCUCCUCUCAUAAGCCAGCUUCUGAUUGGCUGAAAGAGUCAGCUGUUCUUUCGUUCGAGUUUGUCGCUAGAUAUUUAGACCAAAACUGUGCUCAGCUUCGUAUUAUUUUCAUUUGUCAUAUUUUUGUAACUGGUCAUGAUCUUGAAAUAAUGAAUAUAUGUUUGAAAAUCAUAUACCAGAAGUGCAGGACGAGGAAUAAAGUGUGAAAACGAUCAUCGCUGCUAUGAUCGCAACUUUUGCAGUUUCGCAAAGAAAGCCCGAAAGAUUCAGUCUUGUAAGGGAUUGGAACCGUUGACCUCUGCGAGGUCAUGAUUUUUUGGAGCGUUAUAUAUGUGACUAAGAAGUAACAAAUGUAACUAAAAAAAAACUUAAACACAACAGGAGGGUUAGGAAUUUGAAUCUGAUUCAACCAAAUUGUAGUGUUUUUCUUACUGACAGAGUAAACGUUGUUUGCUGGUGCUAUUUGUCCGUAUAAUAUGAUAAUUGUCAUUUUUUUUCCAACUGUAUUUUAAUCACGGAAGCUUUGCUGUAUUGGUCAUUUUGAAUUUGCUCUGAGGGUGCAUUCCUUUACUAAAAUCAUGAUUCACAACGGGGGCGCAUUCGUUGGAUCAUAUCCAAAACCGGAAACUUUGGAUACAUGAUCCGAAGUAUUUUUUUUUACUACGGAUCCGAAAAGAGGUGAAUACCACCACCGUUAACUCGAAACAUUAUCUAUCAGUCGUUUGACUACAUUGCUCAUUUUAACGGCCAUUUUUAUCCGUUUUGUCGGUGUGGUAAAAUCGUAAUACAAACUGGGAGCGCUUACCAUUUGUGUGGAAAACCCAGUAAUUCCGGGGAGAAUUCAAAUGGAACGGUUCAUCCCGGUGGAAAUUUUCCGGAAAAAAGUAAUAGGUUUCGAGGUAUUACCUUUUUCCCGUUUUUACCGAAACGACCAAAAUUUUCUGUACCAUUUGUUUGGAUUACCAGCGCCAGGCGUCAAGUCGAGAGAAGGCAAAAAAAAUUACCAGUAUUUUGUAAAUGGGACAACUCAAUCCCGUUCCUGUUUUCGGUGCCAAAGAAAGAUCCAUUACCAUUUGACGGACGUUUUUCACCGAAAUUUCCGUACAAAUGGUAAGCGCUCAGGACCUGCACUGUUCUAGUUCACCAGAACACUGCUUAACCACUUCGCCGCCGGCGCGUGGUUCAACACUACUUUUCCACACACUGUUUUUCCGUUACAUAUCUUAUUGCAAGAGUCAUCUUGCAUUUGGCCCGUGUAAAGUAGUAUCUUUGAGCUAACCAUCCAGAAUACAAUGAAAGAUCAGCAAACUUGCAACAUUUUCAGUAGCCCAGUUAUUCUUUCUACUUGAUGCCGUUGAUAUUGGGGCCGUUUCUAUGAAAAUGAAUGAAAAAAUAAUCCUUUUAGGCGUCGUUUCGUUUUUCAACGGAAAACACUAACCAUCCGAAUUUUUUAUCUGAUCAUGGAUUUUAGUAAAUAAACACAUCCUGAGACUGGGUCUGUGUUUUCUCGAAUUGCGUUAUGACUGUUUAGGGAAAUAACUUUUGAGUCGAGCAGCACCUCACUGAAUGGCUCACAAAAUUGGUUGUAAAAACAAUAGAAACAGUGCCUUAACAAUGCCCCCAUCCCUAAAAACAUAAGGCAAUAUUGCUUUAGUCGACCACUGAAAUUAGAGGUUCAUGUGAGGUACUGGGCUACUGCAAAUUUUGACCCAGUAUCCCGCGCAAUCUCGUAAUAGUCAAUAAAAAGGCGAGAAUGUCCUUAAAUAAGCCCACAGUGCAAUUCGACACUACUCGCGCUCAACUUCAAAAUGGCUAAUAAGCGUAAUUGUGUUAUUCCCCAUGUGGAGAGGCAGCCUAGUCCCUAGGUGUUCUCGGCGCGGUCAUCCUGGACUCUACCGUGAGCUGUGACGUCACCGAGAGAGACUUGCCCGCUCUUUCCCAGACUUCGCGUGGACAACGGGUCAAGAGAGAACGCCUAGGGACUAGGCUGAUGGAGAGGGUGAUCCGUGUGGUUAUAAUAACGGUGUUGAGGCUCGAAACGAAAGAAUUCAAUUUCUUACUUUCUUUGUACAACUUCAGUGCCUUUCGUUCAUUACCUUGGUUCCAGAGGUUUUCAUUCUUCUUGACCGUUGCGUUUAUUCAUUGAGCGCUGUGUUUAUAGAGCUAUGUGACUCUCGUUUCUCAAUUAGAGGAGUUCUUAUCUCUGUGUAGGAUGGGAGUUACAGGGGCACCCAACGAGAAUAUAGUUCAAAACCACUUAAACAUAGCGCUGUUAAACGUAUUUUAGUAUUUAAACGGUAGAUAUAGGCAUAUUUUUAUCCCCUAAAAAUCUUUCAUGUGUUCGGAUUUCCUAGCUGAAAGACUAGUGAUCCGAAAAUUAUAGGGAUCAAAACUUACCUUUUCGAAAAUUCCAGCCAGAAAAAAGGUUCCCGAAAAUUCUAGGUGACCUUUUUAGGGUAAAAAUCCUUUUAAAAUAGGCAAUUAUACCAUUUUUUCAGAUGUUCGAAAAUCCUAGGAGAGUCAGGCAAGCAAGAAAUUUUACAACAAAUGUUCCGAAAAUUCUAGAUCUCAAAUCGUCUUCCGAACAGAUAUUUUCCGAAAAUUGUCGUUGGGUGCCCCUGGAGUUAUACGCACUGAAAACGAAUUUAAGGUUCUGUCUCGUCAGCCUUUAAUCUGAUUAGCCUAACCUAGACAAUACAAUUGGCGAUUCUAGAAUGUCCUUUGCUUUUUUAUUUUUCAGUGCACUUUUAAGCCUGAAUUAAGAGGAAACUAUAUUUAGAGCAAAGGGCAAUUUUCGAAUCAUUCACUGACACUGCCUCUCUAAAUGUCUGGAAAGGUCAAUAGGUUUAUUCAUUUUUAGGCAAAUUCAUUGACCAGGAAAAGUGGCGAUUAUAACGGAAAUUGAGGUUUAAACGUCUUUUUCUUUUAAAUCCCAAUUGUUAUCUUACAAAGGAAAAACGGUUUUUUGUUACGGUGAACUCGUGUGGUACAGUAUUCAGUUUGUUCUUUUUGAUAAUGUGUCAGCUAGACCACGAGUAGUCCCCAUUUUUCCUCAGAGAUAGUGGAGCGAGCGAAACCGAAGCGCGCUUGAAAAUCACCCCACGCGAGAAAUGCGAGACGCGUUUCGCUCGCUCUACUAUCCCUGAGGGAAAAUGGGGACUACUGGUAGUCUAUGUGUCGGCAUGCUAGUAGAUCGUUGUUACAGGGAGAAAAUCUUGCAAUGUGGCAGAAAUGUGUCAGAUAUCAAAGGAUGUUAUUCCUUCACAAAAAUACGAGUAUGAAAUAAUGUAGACCUGUCUUAGAAUGUUUAUAAAAUUGUAUGAAAUUGUGAUACAUAAUGAAGGAAUAGUGUAUAAUUAUUCCCUUUGUUUAAAUACAGCCCUAUAAUUGUAGAUAUAACAAAAAGACCUGAUGAGAAAUUCAAAAUUGUACUGGAU